GUCUUCCCUCGCUGUAAAGUGACACUGGCGGAGAAAGGGAGAGGAUAGAAGUCCGUAAUAUUUUUCUCAGGACAACAGUGCGUGCGACCAAAACGACCUAUUAAGCAAUAAAGUGUAUGAAACCACUUUUUCGCGUACGAGAAGCACGUCAGGUUGUGUCGGCGGCGCUGGACACCAGGUUGUUGUCGUACCAACUCAGAAACGACCCACCAUUAAGUGAUGCUGUCGCCGGGGAGUCCUUCCAAAUGGCAAGUGCAAGAUUCCCUCUCCUCGACCCCCAGUCUCCUGUACAGCGAGAGCGACCAGACGGAGGAUGAACUGGAAGUCUUUUCCUCUGAGAGCGAGGCUGCGGGAGUUGUGCCUGAUCCAAAGCCACCCUCCGUGGCCAGUGGGAGCUCUCAGGAUCCGAAAUCGCCUCUCGCCUUUGUGAAACAGAGGAGCCGAAGUGGUGAAAACGGUCAGACUGGAUGUUCCUCGGCAUCUCAAGCGUACACGGGUCAGACCUCUACAUCAUCUGAAAGGAUUCCCACGGAGGGGGAGCUGAGGUUUUCACGCAAAUGUGCAGAGCUGCAUGGGUACGUCAGACCCCUGUUGGAGCUGUUGAAGGGGCUGAAAUCAGGUCGAUAUGAUAAAGGUUUGAGCACAUUUCAACAGAGUGUCGCCAUUGACAGACUGCGAAGGAUUGUGGGUUUACAAAAACCUGAACUUGGGGAGAAGUAUAUGGGCACUCUUCUGCAGCUGGAGAUGAUGUUAAAGGUUUGGUUCCCUCAAGUGAGACCUCAGCAUCGGGAUGGCACCCCUUCACUCCAAAACCUGCCUCCACGCUGGAAUCAGGAUCAGUUACAUAUUCCAGUGAAGAAACGCAGGUUAAGUUGGUCAGACUCUGACUCGCAAGGAUCUUCGAGCAGCAAACGCUUUCAAGAGGACGAUCGAGGGCCGAGCCCCAGUGACAGCAGCUCAUGGUUCAGCAGCUCCGACACCAUGUCUAGCGAAUUAGAAGACAGUCCCGUCUGUACAAAGCAAAAUAACACGACAUCUGAACCCAGUCUCAAUGAAGACGGCAAACCUCGGACUGCGACAGGAAGACCACCUCCUCUUGUAAUACCACCGUCGGCCACAGAUGGCAGCAGCCUGGGCAUGCAGGACUGUUCAGUGUCCUCCACAACUCCUACUUCUGACCCACCAUUUAACAUGACGAUUAGUCAGAAAGAAUCUGUAAAAGAAGAAGGGCCAAAAAAACAAGUCGACACGGAGACGUCAAACACAUAGCAUUUCGACGUUUCACAUUUUUUUUAACAGAAUGACUGAAUUAAACGUUUCUCCAGUCUGUUGAUAUUGGGAGCUCGUUGUUUUUCACAAAGUGAAAUUUUCAUUCAGUUAGAUUUUGCCGCACAUGCACAGACGUAAUCAUACACGGUUAUAGACUAAAGAAGUGUCUUAAAAUACAUGGCCGAGUCGUACAGUGAAGCUGCGAAACUGCACUGCCUUCCACGAUAAACAGACUUCCAACAGUAUCUGCCGCUUUACGAACAUAAAACCAGAAAGCCAGAUAACAGCAAAAGAAUGGUGAAAAGUGUGACUGCAAUCGCAAUCUACCUUAAUGUCCUUUGACUUGAAUUGAAAACCACUUUGAGCAUCGGAUGAAAUAGAAAUGCAUUAUUUGAGAGAAUGUUUAGAGGCGGUUUUAUUUAUUGCAUUAUUACUUGAAGAUACUGAAUUCACUUAAGCAGCCUUAAAGAGUCAGUGCAAGUGGGCCGUUGUCCAUUAUCGUAGCUCGAUGUUUUAUAUUUAUUAAGAGACUGAAAGAAUAAUCCCGGGAACAACAGAUGGGAUGCGUUGGGAAGUGUUAUUUUAUAGUCUGGAGAGUAAACGGUCAUUUAUUGAAAAUGUUCUUGCCAAAAACAGUUUGCACAUUUAUGUUGUUCUGCUUUCGCGUUCUAAGAGUUCGGUUUGUCAUAGAGAUCUAGGUUUUUGUCAUAGGAAAGUGCACCGUUUUUUUCAGCAUUGUGAUUAUUAACCGACUAAUUUUUAAGUUGAUGACGAAGAGUAUGUGCCGUCACACACUGUAAAGGUCACACUGAGACAGAUGAGACUUGUGCCGUUCGCUGUUUGUAGAGUAUGUUCUGACAUUAGAGACGUAGUAUUUGGUAGUCGCUUCAGGAGGAAUGAGAAGAACUUUUUCGGUAUGUUGACUGAGAUGCAUGUGGUCACGUCCUUGUGCAGCUUGUACGAGUACCUCGUGAAAAAUACAUGUAACUGUAUUGUUGGAAAUAUAAUGGAGGUUAUAAUGUAAGGGACAGGUGCAUAUGAAGAUAUGUUGUAAUUAAUAUUUAAUGGCACUUAACAGCUUCAUGUGAUUGUUUCCGAAAAGUCUGUUAUUGUAGCACCACUGAUAUUUUCUGUCCAUUCAAAACUAUUUUCUCUUGUAAGUCAUUUCUGUUCUCGUAUCAAUGUUUUUGUCAAGGUUGCUAAAAUUGUUUUUUUUCGACAUGCUCCACUUUUUGAUAUCAUUAAAUGUUUCCAAGUUUCUUAUUUGAA